AUGCUCACUCGCAGGCUCUCCACCGCGAGCCUGGCGUGCCGAGCCCGCGUGCAACUCUCCUCGCGGUCUGGCCUCAGCACGCUCCGCCUCGGCCUGUCGCCUCCUCGUCUCAUCCAGCAGAACAGAUCCCGCCGCGGGCUCGACGAGGAGGAGGAGCGCGUGCGCGCCUGCGCCCCGGUCAACGCUGACGAGAUCCUCGAGCUGCGCGCGCUCAACGACGUCUCGAGCGACACGCUCGCGACGCUCGCAGACGUGGCGGGCGCGGGCGCCCGUCACGACGGCGCAACG